AAGAUUUACGACUCAGACAUCCUGAAAUGCAUGUUCUUGCUGCGACCACGUUGACAAACACAAGCCACUCUCCAGAAUGGACAAGAUCGACUUUGUCUUGACACAGUCCCAGCGCCCACCACGCUCGGCUGAGAACGCAGCCGCCACUGAUGGAGAUGUGGGUGAAAGUGACGAGAAUGUGGAGCGAGGCAACUGGUCCUCGAAGACCGACUACCUGCUCUCAGUGAUCGGCUGUGCGGUGGGUCUGGGCAACGUCUGGAGAUUCCCUUACCUGGCGUACAGGAACGGAGGAGGUGCCUUUCUCAUUCCCUACACACUCAUGCUGGCACUCGUUGGGAUGCCGAUGUUUUUUUUGGAAUCGUCCUUUGGGCAGUUUGCCAGCCGCGGACCAGUUGGAGUGUGGAAAGCCGUGCCAAUACUACAAGGUGUUGGGAUCACCAUGGUCCUUGUGAUUUCACUCGCUAUCAUUUCCUACUGCAGCAUCAUCGCCUACAGCCUGUUCUACCUGUUUGCCUCCUUCCAAUCCCCGCUGCCGUGGUCAGACUGCUUCAGCUGGUGGGGUGCGGAUGAAACCUGCAGUCGGACACCCAGAGAUUUGCUGUGCAAUCUCAGUGUGGCCAAUGGAUAUUUUGAAAUUCUUAACACAACGUGGCUACACGCAAGCAAUGAAUCUUACUCAAAUGGAUCAGAAGUCUGCGUUCAUUUCCAGGGCCCUAGUGAGCAAUACUGGGAUAAAGGAGUUUUACACCGUUCAAAUUCCAUGGAUGAGACGGGGAAGAUCGUCUGGCAAUUAGCCCUGUGUCUGCUCCUGGUCUGGCUGAUGGUUGGAGCUGCCUUGUUUAAAGGAAUCAAAUCUUCAGGAAAGGUGGUUUAUUUCACUGCAACAUUCCCGUACGUGGUUCUGACUGUACUUCUGAUCCGAGGACUGACCCUGGAGGGAGCCCGAAAAGGGAUUGAAUUCUACAUUGGAAGUCAGUCGGACUUCUCAAAGCUGGCUGAUGCUGAGGUCUGGAAAGAUGCUGCAACUCAGAUAUUCUAUUCUAUAUCAGUGGGCUGGGGCAGCUUAAUAACCCUGUCAUCCUACAACAAAUUCCACAACAACUGUUACAGAGACACCAUCAUUGUCUGUGUGGUGAACUGUGCCACGAGUGUGUUUGCCGGAUUUGCCAUCUUCUCCGUCCUGGGACACAUGGCUCACGUACAGGACAAGCCUGUUUCAGAGGUCGCUCAGUCAGGUUUCGGUUUGGCUUUCAUCGCCUACCCAGAGGCUUUAACACAUCUGCCGUGGGCUCCUCUCUGGUCCGUAUUGUUUUUCUUCAUGUUGCUCACGCUGGGACUCGACACUUUGUUUGCAACUUUAGCCUUGUUUGUUACAGAGGCUGGAAUUUACUGGUUGAAUUUAAUUGAUUAUUUCUGCACCGGGUGGAUUCUCUUGAUUGUGGCCCUGUUGGAAGUGACCGGUCUGAGCUGGAUUUAUGGAAUAAACAGGUUCAUCAAGGACAUUGAGAUGAUGAUUGGGAGCAAGAUUUGGUUCUUCUGGCUGUGGUGGAAAGUGUGUUGGCUUUUCAUCUCUCCGAGCUUGCUGGCAGUAAUAUUAUUCUGGUCCUUGGCGACAUUUUCCAUGCCUACAUAUGGACCUGUUGAGUACCCAGAGUGGGCAACAGCUCUUGGCUGGUCUAUACCAAUCUUCUGCAUCAUGUGGAUUCCCAUUGUUGCCAUCGUGAGAGUUGCCCAAGCUAAGGGCACCAACUUGUGCCAGAAACUUUCUGCUGCCUGCAGAUCAGCUCCUGAUUGGGGUCCGUACUUGGAAAAGCACAGAGGAGAAAGAUACCGAAAGUAUCCUCAUUCUGCAGAUGAUCCAAACCAAGUCCAACUGGUUAUCGCAUCUGACAUAUCAACAGUUUAG